AUGAUGGUCAAGAAUGGACCUCUUCUUAGUAGGAUCGUGAGACUCUACUCGAGUCACGCAGCCGCUGAGUCGGCAACGCCCACCAUUUCGCUGACGUUGAUCUUGUCGCGUCCACCGGUCAUCACGCAUGAAGCAUCGGCUUUUGAGACGCAAUUCUACAAGUACCAGCUGGAGCUAUGGAGAAGGCUCAUGUGGACUUUUCCCAAGUGGUUUUACUUUAAAACCGGCACCUUGGCCGAACAGAGAUACAAGGUGAUCAACAAAAACCCCGUGAGUGACGACAGAAAAGUCUUGUUUCCGCGCGGAAGGCCCGAUCUUAGACACCUGAGAGAUAGACGUUUCCGGGAAUACAUAAGGGCGCCAAAGACGUAUAAAGAAGAAGACGAGUUGGUUGGCAUUGACCAAAGCGAGCAGAAGGAGAGUGAAUUGACAAAGAAGAUUGUGCCAAACUCGAGAACCACCGAGGCUGACCGUUUGAACGACACCACGUCGUUGGAGAGACAAUUGAGUCGGACUCUUUUCUUGGCUGUGCAGCGCAAGGGUGAAACAAGCUGGAAGCUACCAUCAUUUAAAGAGCAGCCGGGAGAAUUGAUCCCGCUACACUUGUUGGCUGAACAGGGGCUCCGAAGCAUUGGAGGCAGCGCGAUCAACUACUUCAAUGUGGCAAAGACCCCAUGUCAUCAUGAAGGAGACGCCAAGUCGAGGGAAUACUUUAUCAAAUCGCACAUACUAUCGGGAGUGUUUGAGCCACAAUCGGAAGAUAUCAAGUUCCAGUGGCUCACCAAGCAGGAAUUGAAGGACUCACUACCCAAGGAAUACUAUGAAAGGGUACUGCAUUUGUUCAACGAUGUUUAA